CCGCCCGCCGCCGCCUCGCGCUCAGUCCCGCUUCAGAUGGCGAGUGGUGCGCCCGGUCACACGCCGCGUCCGCUCCGCACCGAGUACUUCGUCCGAGCCGAGUAGCCGGCGCCGCGCGCGAGUGUCCUAGUGUUCGAGCGGCGAGCUGCCGCCUGCCAUGCGCCGGCCCUGAGCCCUAGCGCCGCCAGCGGACACCAUGCCGCGCGUCAAGCCCUCCUGCGUCCGCCGCGUCUCCAUCGGUGAAAGUUCGGGAUCGUGUUCCGAGGAGGAUAUUAACCAUGUGUCUGACGAUACGAGAGACCGGCCUGAAGCACACAUGUGUCCGCGCUGUCAGGAACAGUUCGAGAACCUUCACGAGUUCCUGUACCACAAGCGACUCUGCGAUGAGAAAGCGUUGCAAAUGGGCGAGGAGAGAAUGCACUCCGAUCCGGAGGAAAUGGUCGUUUCAGGCGAUGAAGAGAUGGAUGGACCCAACAAACGAUUAGAGCAGGUCCGACGGCAUCGACAAGAUGCGGAAAAUAAUAACAGCCUCGAGGAUGGCGAGGCAGAAGUGCCUGAAGCCGACGUGCCGCCAGUCGGCUUGCCCUUCCCGGUGGCCGGCCACGUCACGCUCGAAGCUUUACAAAAUACUAAAGUUGCCGUAGCACAAUUUGCCGCGACUACAAUGGCGAACAACGCAGAUAACGAAGCGGCGUUACACGAACUGGCCGUGCUACAAAGCACGUUAUUUACGCUGCAGCACCAACAAGUGUUUCAGCUACAAUUAAUACGCCAAUUACAAAAUCAAUUGUCAUUAACGCGACGGAAAGAUGACCAGCUCCCGAGCCCGCCGCCGAGUGAACCAGAGCCGGUGCCGGUGCCUCCCGCUCGAUCGCCGUCGCCGCCUCGUCCGCCACGGGAGCCUACUCCUGUCGCACCCCCUCCUCCUACUAGUCAAAGCUUACCGUCAACUCAUUCGCAUCUCACACCUAAGACGGAACCCUUAUCCGUUCCUAAGCUCCCAACCUCGUCUCCACCGAUGAUGUCCCAUCCACCGUACAGCUCCAUUUCCUCAUCUUUAGCUUCUUCAAUAAUCACAAACAACGACCCGCCACCUUCUCUCAACGAACCAAAUACGCUUGAAAUGCUACAAAAGAGAGCACAAGAAGUGCUAGACAAUGCGUCACAAGGCCUAUUAGCCAACAAUCUUGCCGAUGAACUCGCUUUCCGUAAAUCCGGAAAAAUGUCACCAUACGAUGGAAAAUCUGGAGGAAGAAACGAACCAUUUUUCAAGCAUCGCUGCCGUUACUGCGGAAAAGUGUUUGGAAGCGAUUCUGCACUGCAAAUCCACAUUCGAUCGCACACAGGUGAAAGACCUUUUAAGUGUAAUGUAUGUGGAUCACGAUUUACAACCAAAGGGAAUCUCAAAGUACAUUUCCAAAGACACACAGCAAAGUUUCCGCAUGUCAAGAUGAAUCCCAAUCCAGUACCAGAGCAUUUGGAUAAAUACCACCCCCCGCUGUUAGCGCAGUUGUCGCCGGGACCAAUUCCUGGAAUGCCACCACAUCCACUUCAAUUCCCUCCGGGUGCGCCAGCUCCUUUUCCGCCAAGCUUGCCGUUGUACAGACCCCCACAUCAUGACUUAUUACCACCUCGUCCGCUCGGAGACAAACCCCUACCGCCUCAUCCAUUAUUUGCAAUGCGAGAGGAACAAGACGCUCCGGCUGAUCUCAGUAAACCAUCUGCGCCGAGCCCUUCUCGAUCAGCACCCGAGGUUAAGUCUGAACCCCAAGAUGAUGAGUGUCAACGAGAUUCCAGUUUUGAAGACACUGACCGAGUAUCUCCUAAGCGAGAACCUGACGAAAAUGAUGCCACGCAGGAUCAAGAGCAAGACAGAUAUCCUUCGACCUCGCCCUACGACGACUGCAGCAUGGACUCAAAAUAUAGCAAUGAAGAACAAAUCGGCAGAGAGAGUCCUCAUGUGAAGCCCGAUCCAGAUCAACCGGAAAAUCUCUCAAGUUCGGAGAGCGGGCGGAGCGCGCGAGCCUCGCCACCGUCGCCCACCAUGUCGACGCUGUCGACGCCGCCGCGGCUGCCGCUGCACUCGCCGCUGCCGUCGCCGCCCACGCCUAUCGCCGCGCUGGGCGCGCUCGGAGGAUCGCCCUUCAGCCCGCUCGGACUCGCGUUCCCUCCCGCAGUGCGCGGCAACACGACCUGUAACCUCUGCUACAAGACGUUCGCCUGCAACUCCGCUCUGGAGAUACAUUACCGGAGCCACACCAAGGAGCGACCAUUUAAGUGCACCGUCUGCGAUCGUGGAUUCUCCACCAAGAGCAGUGGCGGCGGUUGCCGGUGCGGUAGGCGCGCGCGCGCACCCCGCCCCCCGCACGCCACUGCUUUGGACCUGUGGAACGCCUUCGUUUACCCGGGCAACAUGAAGCAACACAUGCUGACGCACAAGAUCCGCGACGUGCCGCCCGGGUUCGACAAGAGCUCGAGUGGAGCCGACGACACCCGGGAGGCCAGCCCCGACCGGCGCUCCUCGCCCGACAAGCUCGACCUCAAGCGCUCGCCGCCUGCGCACCCGCCGCCGCAGAUGACGCAUCCCCCACCUAUCGAUAUGCCGCCACUGCCCAAACGGCCCAGUGUACCCAGCGGGCCAACACACCCCCCACCGCCGGCAUCAUCCAAGCACCUUUGCGGAGUGUGCCGCAAGAACUUCUCCUCGUCCUCCGCGCUGCAAAUCCACAUGCGCACUCACACCGGCGACAAACCUUUCCGAUGCGCCGUGUGCCAAAAGGCCUUCACUACGAAGGGUAACCUUAAGGUGCAUAUGGGAACGCACAUGUGGAGUGGCGGUGCGUCACGGCGCGGACGCCGCAUGUCGCUCGAGCUGCCCCCGCGGCCGCUACAUGAGCCGCACGACCUACUGCGCCGCCCCGACCUCUUCUACCCAUACCUGCCCGCGCCCUUCCUUAACGGCAUGCAGCAAAAGCUGAAUGAAAUAUCAGUGAUACAACAGAGCGCGGGCCAAAACGGUGUAGCAGGAAAAUUCCCCGGACUUCUCGGUUUUGGAGCAUUUGGAGGUGCGCGACCAGGUGCUGCGUCGCCACUGGAACGGCCGCCAUCACUGGAGGGCGGCGACGAGAGGCAAGCCGCGAUGCGCGAGCUGGCCGAGCGCGGUCGGGAGCUGGCGGAGCGGAGCCGGCAGAUGCGUGAGGACAGCGAGUACCGGUCGCCGCCGGCGCACGGAGCGCACGCGCCGCCGGCGGCGCAGGCGUCGCCGCCCGCGCCGCACCACCAGCACGGGCUGGCGCCGCUGCCGCCGCCCGCGCGCACCGAGGGCCUGACGGUCUAGGCGGGCCGCAGCUGCCCCUCGUACAUUCCAGAGGCCCGGCGGCCGCGGCCGCGUCGUGUCUAUAUUGUACAAAGAGUUAGAGUCUAGUGAGAGUGCGGACCGGCCGUUCGCGGCGAGGCGAGCUGUUGUAGCGUAAUUAUGUCCGAAGUGUAGCGCUAUGUACCGUUGUUAUUCCACGUGUUAUUACGCCUAGUAUUACUGUAAGUAACUUAUUUUGCACGAGUACGGGCCUGGGGCAAUCGGGGGCUCGUCGCGAGCUCCACGUUUAUGUCAUUACUCUGUGAUAGUGCACAUUGGGAGCUGCGUGCGACGUACCGACAGCGUUCAGAGGAAACGUUGUCGUCGCAAUGAUGCAGUCGAAUGUGCUAUGACAUCAAAAAUUAAAUAUAAAUUAUCCCAAAAAUUAAAUAAUUUUCAUAAAACUAUAUCUUUUUAAAUUAAAUGUACAUAAUUUGUAAAAUAAAUAGUAUUGUAAUGAACGAGUAGAUAUAAACUUGAAUUUAAUAAAAUAUUAUAUAUUAUUAUAUUGUACGACUACACUGGAGUGCAAUAUGCAUGAUUUUGUCUUUUGCCACAUUCCAAAUGAUUGAUGUUACUGUAAAAACUGGUUUGUAACAACUAAUAGUUUCCUGAUAACAAUAGCAUUAUUUUAUCCUUCAGUGGAUUUUUAAAUUUAAAAUAAUAAUUAUUCUGUACCUACGAUUUAUAGAUAUUGCACAUUGUAUAAAAUACCGAAAAUUUACCUAGUUCUCGGAAAUUCUAUUACCUAUCUAUUGUCUUUAGGUAUUCAAUAUUGUAUUACAAUACAUUUAAUUGUAACAGAGGUUAAUGACAUAUUCAUAUCAUGUAAAUUAAAAGUAUUUGCAUUUGAGGUCUAUAGUUAUAAGUAUUUAGAGUCAUAGCUAUUAUAUUGCUUUAGAAUACUUCAACAUAUCUUUGUAAAAAUGUGAGCGACUGGUGUUUGACGAGACGUUGACUAAGUACUUAACGGUUAUAUACUAUGUAGUAUCACCGGCACUGUACGCAGACUGACCACGACUAUGUACACACAUUUAUAUUACAUUUCUUUCCAAAUAUGCAUUUUCUCAAUGCUUGUUAGUAGACGCCGUAGUCCAGUUGCUGAUAAAUUUAAUUAUUUUUAAACAAAUAUGUAUUAUGUAUUUUAUACUUUCGACACUAGUUAUCUGUGUAUAAAAUGUCCUACUAAAUUAUUUAUAAAUUAUAAAUCAUGCAUACACUCUUAGUAUUAAAAGAACGCUUGCGGGGCGAUAGGCCUCGCGCGCCAGUUUAGUUGUCUAGAGUAAAUUCUCAUAGCACCUACGAGCUAAUUAUUAUAUCAAGUUGCAAAUAGAUCUUAGAGAGUAGUAUUAGUCAUGAAUAUGAUAUGUCAUGUCAUGUCAGUAUAAAUAAUCAUUGUAAAUUAUUAAAUGUUUAUGUAAAUGUCCAAAAAGUAUUCAAAUUAUUUAAAAAAAGCAAUUAUUAUACUAAUAAUUAUUUU